AUGGGAUGAAGUGAGCUAUUUUCAUCAUCGUCUUCUCUGCUCUUCAGUUCACUCAAAAUGGCUACCUUAGCGGUAGCAACAACCUAUUCACUUUCUUCUUCUUCUAUCGCUCCCCUUAAAGCGCGAUGCCGUUUUGGUUUUCGUUUUGGUUCCUUUCUUUCUUCCCACACAAAGCUAAAAUGCUCCUCAAUCGCCACCACAACCACAGUCGCUGUCGCCACCGACCCUACGGUUUCGGUCAACCCCAACUCCAACCCUAAUCGGGUUAUUCUGCCUUCUAACGAAUCAUCCGAUAGUCUUCUCAGAAUCCGCCACACGUGUGCACAUGUGAUGGCAAUGGCUGUUCAAAAGCUAUACCCCGAUGCAAAAGUCACAAUUGGGCCUUGGAUAGAAAAUGGGUUUUAUUACGACUUCGAUAUGGAGCCUUUGACCGAUAAAGAUUUGAAGAGAAUCAAGAAAGAGAUGGAUCGGAUUAUUGGAAGAAAUUUACCUCUUCUAAGAGAAGAAGUCUCAAGAGACGAAGCUCAGAGAAGAAUAUCGGCAUUGAAUGAACCAUACAAAUUGGAGAUUUUGGAAAACAUUAAGGAGGAUACCAUCACCAUAUAUCAUAUUGGCGACGAAUGGUGGGACCUUUGUGCUGGACCUCAUGUUGACUCUACUGGAAAUAUCAAUAAGAAAGCAGUUGAACUUGAGUCUAUUGCUGGAGCAUACUGGAGAGGAGAUGAAAGAAAACCAAUGCUUCAAAGGAUAUAUGGUACUGCAUGGGAGAAUGAAGAGCAGUUAAAAGCUUACCUUACUUUCAAAGAGGAAGCUAAGCGUCGAGAUCACAGGCGCAUAGGGCAAGAUCUUGAUUUGUUUUCUAUACAGGAUGAUGCUGGUGGGGGUUUAGUUUUCUGGCACCCGAAGGGAGCUAUUGUCAGACACAUAAUUGAAGAUUUCUGGAAAAAAAUUCACUUGAAGUGUGGCUAUGAUCUGCUGUACACACCACAUGUGGCAAAAGCUGAUCUUUGGAAGAUCAGUGGCCAUUUAGACUUCUACAAAGAAAAUAUGUAUGAUAAGAUGGACGUUGAAGAUGAGCUUUAUCAGCUCCGACCAAUGAAUUGUCCUUAUCAUAUUUUGGUGUACAAAAGCAAACUUCAUUCCUAUCGCGAUUUCCCUAUUAGGGUGGCAGAAUUGGGAACUGUUUAUAGAUAUGAACUGUCUGGAAGUUUACAUGGCCUUUUCCGUGUCAGAGGUUUCACACAGGAUGACGCACAUAUAUUUUGCUUAGAUGACCAGAUUAAAGAUGAGAUCAGAGGGGUCCUAGAUCUUACUGAACAAAUAUUGUUGCAGUUUGGUUUUGACAAGUACGAAGUAAAUUUAUCUACAAGGCCUGAAAAGGCUGUGGGAGAUGAUGAUAUAUGGGAGAAAGCUACCACUGCUUUGGAAGAUGCUUUGGAUGAUAAAGGUUGGAGUUAUCAAAUUGAUGAUGGAGGAGGUGCCUUUUACGGGCCAAAGAUUGAUAUCAAGAUUGAGGAUGCUCUUGGUCGGAAGUGGCAGUGCUCAACCAUACAGGUUGAUUUCAAUCUACCACAGCGUUUUGACAUCACAUAUGUUGACUCAAAUACUGAGAAAAGAAGGCCUAUCAUGAUCCAUAGAGCAGUGCUUGGAUCAUUGGAAAGAUUCUUUGGUGUUCUCAUUGAGCAUUAUGCUGGUGAUUUUCCAUUAUGGCUUUCUCCAAUACAAGCUCGAGUUUUACCUGUUACUGAUGCCCAGUUACACCGUGAUAAGGGAGGCCAUUGAAAUGGUGAAAAAAAGUAGGGGGUGUCAUUGUAAUUUAUGGCAUUUUUGCUAAACGUCCAGCAGAGCUAUUCAAGAAGAGCAAUUUGAGGGUGGAAUGAGGAGGCUCAAAGGUUAUUGCAUUGCAGACCCUUGUGGUAAUAAUGAAGAACUUACCAUAGUUAGUGACUCCUAAUUUUAAAUUACGAUUUGAGGUGGAGAUCGAUUAUGUAGGAAGACAAUUGGCACAUAAAGUUAUGUAUUUAUGAAUAGGAAAAUACAAAGAGAUGGACGUAAACACAUUAUAUCUAACAAGAAGUAAAGAAAGACUGAUCAAAAGGCUUUAAAGUACUAGUUAGAGAAGUGUGUUCUUGAUGGGGGGACUACAUAAAAUAGGUUCCUAAAUUACUAGAGUACUAUUUUUAGAUACAAAACAAUUCUGUUUUGCAUUUUCUUUGUAAUUGUUUUUUGUUUAUUGCAAGUCAGUUGUCGAUGGGUGUAUGUAAGGAUUGUGUUUGAGUUUUUCUAUCAAUAUUUUGUUCCUAUCAGAUUUACAAUGAGACGCAUUUGUUAGUUAAUUUAUAAGUAUCUUCACUUUUGUUUAUAGAUACUGAAGUGUGUUUAUGGGGCUAUCAAGUUCCUAACAGGAGAGAUUGUUUCUUUUCUAGAUACGAUAACAGACAAUGAUAAGUGAAUUAAUGGGGAAUGUUUUUCU